UCAGCCUCUAGGCAGCCACCAUUUUGGGAGUCAAAACACCCAACAAACAGCAGUGCACACCUCCACGCUUCUCUCGUAGCCUUACUAUGGUUCACACAUGUGUGGUGGCAGGCUGUAGGAACAGAAGGACACCAGGCACCACCUUAUCUUUCUACCGUUUCCCCCGGGACCCCGAGAGAAAGCAGCGCUGGAUAGCUGCUGUGAACCGAGAGGGCUGGGUGCCAAACGACGGCAGUCGGCUGUGUAGUACUCACUUCCUCUCAGGUAAACAGGUGAAGAAUCCACGUUCGCCAGAUUAUGUUCCUUCUGUGUUCACAUCAGAUCCCUUAUCCCCAGAGAUGAAGGAGCAAGGUGCCUUGGAGAUCCCGGACAAGCAGGAAGCACGCGUAGAGGCGGCUAACGCCUUGUUGUUCCUGCAGGGCCAGGGAAGGUCUGUGGUGGCGGAGUGGGGCCAGGAAGAGCAUCCUGAGGAGAGGGAGCAGAAGGCCGCUGUGGAGGAAAGCGCGUCUUCUUCCCUCAGCACUGAUGAAGACGAUGACGACGACGAUGAAUCUAUGAGUGACAGCAAGAAAGGAAAGUAUGCUCAUACGUGUGAUGCAGCAGUUAACUUUGAUGACGUCCUGAAAGCCCUGAAAAAGGAGAACCAGACCCUCAGGGAGUCUGUGGACAAAAUGUCCCUCUCUGAGAACUCUUUGAGGAACGAUGCAGAGAAAGUCAAGUUUUACACUGGUCUGCCCAACUACUUUGUCCUGGAGACGGUCAUGUGGCUGCUGGCGCCUCACAUGGACGGGAUGAAAACCGUGAAGCUCUCCAAGUUCCAGCAGCUGCUGCUGACACUGAUGCGACUCCGCCUGGAUUUACGCAACCAGGACCUGGCUUACCGCUUUGGUGUUAAAGUCGGCACAGUAACCAGAACAGUGCACCAGAUGGUCAACAUCAUGUCCUCCACUCUGGUGCCGACAGCUGUUUUCUGGCCCUCUAGAGCCGAGCUCCGGAAAAACCUGCCGGCAGCUCUGCGCACCUCCCACCCCGACUGCGCUGUCAUCAUAGACUGUUUCAUAGUGCCUUUUGAGGAGCCGGUUUCCCGGGGCAACCAGCAGCAGCAGCAGAGGGUGGUGCCAAGCUCUCAAGGGGUAGGGACAAGUUCUAAUGUGUUAAAGUAUCUGAUUGGUGUGGCUCCACAAGGCGUUGUCACCUUCGUCUCUAGGGGCGUGCUGGGAAACGUCAGUGACAAAAGCCUGGCUGAGGGCUGUGGAUUUCUCUGCAAGCUUCUCCCAGGCGAUGUCGUAUUGGCGAGUCGCAGUCUCAACAUUGCAGAUUCUGUGGCUGCCCGAGGAGCCCUGUUUACAAUUGCUGGCACCUACCAAGGGGAGGCGCACGGGAGCUCGGCGGGCUCGCCACUGGCUAAUACUUCCUCUGAGACAGUGAGUGUGCAGAGGCAUGUGGAGAGGGUGAUCUCCAUGGUGAAGCAGAGGUACGCCAUGCUCACAGGCCCUGUCGAGAGCCCCUUCACCACGGUCUCUGAGCGCACGUCGAACCUUUCAACCUUUGAUAAGAUUGUGCAAGUUGCUUGUGCCUUAAACAACCUGUGCAUCUCUGCUGCUCCACUAGAGUGAUUCGUACAGAAAUGCCUAGUGCUCCUUAAAGUUGUUGUCUGUAAGAUUUGAGUUAGGUUGUUUCUAGCAGCAGCUUUGGCUCUAAGAUGUAAUUGCAGGCAGGUGUCGACUGUGUGUCGUUGGUAGAUUGGCAGCUCUAACCUGUGUGAUGCCUUCACAUGCUCCAGUCCACACCGAUAGCAGUUUAGUCUAAGAUGAGCUAAGAGCUAAUACAUCCAUAAAGACACCGGCCGUGUGGGGUAGAUGAUAGAGCCGGGGAGGCAGCGGCUAGCUAACAUGGCUAACUGUGCUAACACCGUCAACAGUGCUAACGCAGCCAGCGGGAAUACUCACCGAGGCUAUUGGAGAGGCGCAAUGUUUUCCACGGUGAGGCCCUCUUGUC